CGGCCAUUGGGCGAGCCGAACACCAACGGCCUUUCGAGACCUGCAGGUCACCUUCUUCGCCUUCUCUCUUCACCUUCACCUCCUCAGUGAGCCAGCACGUCUCUCCUCUUCCUCUUCCCCUGCCCCUCUUCCUUUCCUUCGUUGUACUUUGGUAUUUUACGGGCUCCCCUUCUUAUUGCCGUGCCUCCCCGUGCUGCUUUCCGGUAUCUAUCGCCUGCUGCACCUCAGCCUGCGCGCCGCCCGUCCCCUGACCCACCUCGCAAUCGAGCUCCUUUGAGGCCAGCGGGACUGCAGGAGACCUCGAUCGCACGCAUACACAGACAAGAUUCGCACCAUCUGCCAGUUUACUAAUCAAUUUCGGCCACGCAAGCCUUCGAGAGACAAGUAUAACCGACACCAUGUCCAACAUCGCCGCGAACCGAAACAGCACCCCCGAAGGCUCCAGCUCGCUGCGCCCGCCCAACUCGCGCAACACCAUCGGCGCCGGCCACCAUCUGCGAGCAUCCGCCGACAUGGGCGGCUUCUCCUCCCCGCUUGCCAACCGCGGCAUUCGCCCCGCGUCCGAGGUCUACUUUGGCCGCAAUAGCACGAACUCGGGCAACCCGGACGAGAUGGAGCGCGCCGCUCAGCAAUGGCUGGCAGACAUCGACCAGUACGAGGUGACGCUCGAGGAGAUGGCGACAGCCACCCUCGACCAGGACUUCAAGGAUGAGCUCAGCGCCAUCGAGCAGUGGUUCCGCGUGCUCAGCGAGGCCGAGAGGACCGCCGCCCUGUACGCCCUGCUCCAGCAGACGACCCAGGUGCAGAUCAGGUUCUUCAUCCAGGUCCUGCAGCAGAUGUCGAAGAGCCUCCCUAUGUCCGGCGUGCUGUCUCCGGCCAAUUUCGGAGAGAAGGAUCCGAUGACGCAGAAACUGAGUGACGCCAUGAGCAAGCUCAGCACCGGCGAGAACCGCAACUCGAUGGGGAUCGGCCGCCCUCCACCAUCCCCCAGUGCGAAGCGCAACUCCGGCUUGGACCCUUCCACCAUCAACCGCAUGUUCCCCGAUGCCGCCGCCGCCAUCGCUAAGCAGAAGGCUGAGUUCACUGACAUCACCGGCUUGGCCCCCGCCUCGAACCGCACCAGCCUUGUGGGCGACCGCAGCUCCUUGGCCGCGCCUACGAUCUCGGCGCCGGAAGAUAAGAAGGAGAAUACCGUCCCGGCAUCCCCGUGGGGCGAAGGCCAGCAGCGCCCGAAGUCAUCUGGCCAGCACCAGCCCAUGGGCCAGUUCUCCCAACCGCCCCCAUCUGCAGGACUUCGCUCUCCACGUCUGCCGCUUUCUGGCGACGGCGGAAACGUGCAGACGACUACACUCAAUGCGCCAGAACAGAAUGCGAACAUGCCUAUGUUGUCGCCAUCUUAUGCUGCCGGAGGCAGCUGGGCGUCACAAUUGAGCACCCCUAUGAUGGGCAACUUCAACCAGAGCCAGACCCAGGCUGACAUGGUUGCCAAUGCUACAGCCAUGAAACUGGCUGCUCUUUCUACCGUCAAUAACCGUAUCCAACUGGAUGAUGUCCGCAAGUACCGUCGCGCUAGGUCUACCGAGGGCCAAGGAGCUGGAAAUGCUCCCUUGUCCCCAGGUCUUCCUGGGGUUGGGAAUACCAACUUCGUCAUGACCAACGAGCUGGGUCAGGUUCUGACCCCGCAGCAAGCGGCGGCCCUCCAGGCGCAGCAGCUUGCUGCUAUGCAGGGACGUCGUUCUCGCCCCAACUCCCCUGGCCUCGCUAUGCAGGGCGGGGGCUUGGGAGCCAUGAACUUCACCUCGCCGCAGAACAACGGAUUCUUGACAGCCGAUUACGGAACCUCCCCGCUCGUUAACAACGGCUUGGCUGGAUUAAACCUCAGCCAAUUCGGCAUCGGUGUUGGUGACGGCCAUCCAGGCUACAUCUCCGACCAUUCCGAGAUCAAUCGCGGCAGAUCUCCCCGAGGCCGACGCGGAAGCUCAAAGCCUCCGGAGGAUCCGACUGAUCCCAGCCUUCUCAACGACAUCCCAAGCUGGCUUAGGAGUCUCCGACUGCACAAGUACACCGAUAACCUCAAAGACCUGAAAUGGCAGGAGCUCGUCGAGCUGGACGACGAGGGCUUGGAGAAGCGCGGGGUCAACGCCCUUGGCGCGCGCAGGAAGAUGUUGAAGGUCUUCGAUCAGGUCAGGGAGGCUAAGGAACAUGGCAAGCUUCGAUAGACUUGCGCCACGCCUUCUAUUGUCGAUUUCAAGCAGCAAAAUUGUCCGCGCGCAUAGAUCCACGAUACACGGUCGACAACCUGCUAACCAGUUACACAUGUCGCCAUCUUCACAUCUCCAGCCCUGUUAUAUGAUGUUCAAUG